ACUGAGGUCAUUUUCGGAUUGACUUCCCACACGUGAGUUUUCCCGUGGACGGACGAUGGCCGAGGGCACGGAGAGGAUUCCUUUGGCCGCGGACACGACAACCGUGCAUCGCCAGCAAUAAUCGGAGGGGAAAGGAUCGUUCAAAGUCCCGCAGCUCGCUGCCCCUGAUUGCGGGAAAAUGGCGCACCUGAUCCGCCACAAGCUGACCAACAAGCUGACCAAUGCGGCCCACUCGGUGUCCAACAAGUCCCAGGCCAAGGUCAGCGGCGUGUUCGCCCGCCUGGGCUUCCAGGCCGCCACGGACGAGGAGGGCCUGGGCUUCGCCGAGUGCGACGACCUGGACUACGACUACCGGCAGGGCAUGCAGAUGGACGUCCUGCAGGCCGGGGACGACUACGGCCCGCUGGACGGGGAAGGAGGCCCGGAGGCCGGCGACAGCCGUUACCAGCGGGACGCCACCGGCACCGUGCCCCUCAAGAGCGCGGGCUCCGUGGACGAGGACAAGCCCAAGAUCACGUCGUGGGAGGCCGGCUGGAACGUCACCAACGCCAUCCAGGGCAUGUUCGUCCUGGGUCUGCCGUACGCCAUCUUGCACGGCGGCUACCUGGGCCUGUUCCUCAUCAUCUUCGCAGCGGUGGUGUGCUGCUACACGGGCAAAAUCCUCAUCGCCUGCCUGUACGAGGAGAACGAGGACGGCGUGCUGGUGCGCGUGCGCGACUCCUACGUGGACGUGGCCAACGCCUGCUGCGCCCCGCGCUUCCCGGCGCUGGGCGGCCACGUGGUCAACGUGGCGCAGAUCAUCGAGCUGGUGAUGACGUGCAUCCUGUACGUGGUGGUGAGCGGCAACCUGAUGUACAACAGCUUCCCUGGCCUGCCCGUCUCGCAGAAGGCCUGGUCGGUGGUGGCCACGGCGGCGCUCCUGCCCUGCGCCUUCCUGAAGAACCUGAAGGCCGUGUCCAAGUUCAGCCUGCUGUGCACGGUGGCACAUGUGAUCAUCAACGUGCUGGUCAUCGCCUACUGCCUGUCGCGUGCCCGCGAGUGGGCCUGGGAGAAGGUGAAGUUCUACAUCGACGUGAAGAAGUUCCCCAUCUCCAUCGGCAUCAUCGUCUUCAGCUACACGUCGCAGAUCUUCCUGCCGUCACUGGAGGGCAACAUGCAGCGGCCCGCCGAGUUCCACUGCAUGAUGGAGUGGACUCACAUCGCCGCCUGCGUCCUCAAGGGCCUCUUCGCCCUGGUGGCCUACCUGACGUGGGCCGACACCACCAAAGAGGUAAUCACGGAUAACCUGCCCUCCGCCAUCCGCGCCGUGGUCAACAUCUUCCUGGUGGCCAAGGCGCUGCUCUCCUACCCGCUGCCUUUCUUCGCCGCUGUGGAGGUCCUGGAGAAGUCACUGUUCCAGGACGGCGGGCGCGCCUUGUUCCCCGACUGCUACGGGCCAGGCGGCCAGCUCAAGUCCUGGGGUCUCGGCCUGCGCGUGGCCCUGGUGGUGUUCACGCUGCUCAUGGCCGUCUUCGUGCCGCACUUCGCCCUGCUCAUGGGCCUGACGGGCAGCCUGACGGGCGCCGGCCUCUGCUUCCUCCUGCCCAGCCUCUUCCACCUCAAGCUGCAGUGGAGGAACCUGCUGUGGCACCACGUCUUCUUCGACGUCGCCAUCUUUGUCAUCGGCGGCAUCUGUGCCGUGUCGGGUUUGAUCCACUCCAUCGAGGGCCUCAUAGAAGCCUUCAGGUACAACAUCCAGGACUGACGGCGCCGUCCCCUUUUUCCACCUUCGCCCGCUGCGCCCGACGUGGGGAGGAAUUAAACGAUGUUGUGUCAAUCUUUUCAUUUUGCCUUUGGUCGUGACGUGCAAUCAGAAACUCUACAAGUCAUGUUGGAUGCCUGAACUCCAGUCCUGUCUUUAUGUCUUCCUUUUUGGACUGCGGGCCUCAACUGCUCACCUACAAACUCCUGUCACUUCCUGUCACUUACCUGCAACCCCCUGUCAUUUCUUGUCACUUACCUGAGCUGCUACUCAUAUGUACACAACACCGGUUGUACAGUACAGUAGGAUGUACAGUCUGCCCACACAUAAACAAAACCUAAACCAUCUGUUCCAGUUCCAGGGUACAACUGCGGCCACCUUCUUAAACAACAUUUAAAAUUGUUUUGUCAAUUUUGGCUAGCAUUUCCUGACGAAACCCUGGCUCGGAAUCGGACCGCUAGCCUCGGGAAUCGGACCGCUACCCUCGGGAAUCGGACCGCUACCCUUGGGAAACGAACCGCUACCCUCGGAAAAUGAACCGCCACCCUCAGGAAUUGGACCGCUACCCUCGGGAAUCGAACCACUACCCUCAACAGGCCCAACAAUUAUAACAAGUUUGUUGCGAGAUGUAAGGGUUUUUAAAGUUCCACCAUGGCCGCAGUUUGGUCCUGGACACAAAAAACUAUUUCUUGUUUAUGUGUGGACCUGUCUUUCUACCAAGAGGUCCAGUUGAGUUCAGUUGGGUCUAGUUGGGUCCAUUUGGGUCCAGUUGAGUCCAGUUGGGUCCAGUUGGGUAUGUUUGAGUCCAGUUGAUUCAAAUGGGUUCCAAUUGGGUCCAUUUGGGUGCAGUUGUAUCCAGUGGGUUCCAGUUGAGUCUAGUUGGGUCCAGUUGAGUCCAGUUAGGUCCAGUUGGUUCAAGUUGGUUCUAGUUGGGUUUAGUUAGAUCCAGUUGAAUCUAGUUGGGUCAAGUGGGUUCAAGUUGGGUCUAGUUGGGUCCAGUUGGUUCCAGUUGAGUUUAGUUGGUUCCAGUUGAUUCCAGUAGGGUCCAUUUGGGUUUAGUUUGAUUCAAGUGGGUUCCAUUUGGGUUCAGUUGAGUCAACUGGGUUCCAAUUGGGUCCAGUUGGUUCCAUUUGGCUGCGAUGAGGUGGCGACUUGUCCAGGGUGUACCCCGCCUUCUGCCCGAUUGUAUCUGAGAUAGGCUCCAGCGCCCCCCGCGACCCCGAAGGGAAUAAGCGGUAGAAAAUGGAUGGAUGGAUGGAUGGGGAUGGUUCCAUUUGGGUCCAGUUGGUUCCACUUGGGUCCAGUUGAAUCCAGUUGAGUCGAGUCGGGUCCAGUUGGGUCAAGUGGGUUCAAGUUGGUUCCAGUUGGGUCUAGUUAGAUCCAGUUGAGUCUAGUUGGGUCCAGUUGGUUCAAGUUGAUUCCAGUUGGGUCUAGUUAGAUCCAGUUGAGUCUAGUUGGGUCAAGUGGGUUCAA